AUUUUUAUCUUCUGCAUUUGUACAGAAGCGGUCAUUAAUACUUUCCAUAUACGCAUGCGUCUUAUAUAAUGUAUGUAACGUUUUGUAUAUGAAUUGCACCGCGGAAAGUAGCAUGGUGAUUGGACUGAUUAGUUAGAUUGGGUGGCGAGCGAGUGCAGUAAUGUACCGUCAUGGCGACGUUGCCGCCGCGGAAAAACCCGACUCCUACAAAAAUUUCGAAGCAGCACUUAACGCCGUUGCAAACACUUCUGCAACUAGGAUUCCCGAAACAUCGAGCGGAAAAGGCAUUAGCUGCAACAGGACACCGUGGUGUGCAAUUAGCAUCAGAUUGGUUGCUGGCUCAUGUAAGAGAUCCAACUCUUGACUCUGAUACGCAACGGCAAUAUGUUUUAUACGCUUGCCCUACAGGACCAUUAGCUGAGCAACUGGAGUUAUUUUGGUCUGAAAGUAAAGAUUUAGGAUGGAAUGGUGCUCACAACUUCGUACCACACAUUACUCUUGUUUCCUUCUUUAAUGUUCCUGAUGAGUUCACAAAAGAAUUAGCAAACACUCUUGAGAAUGUAGUUCAUCAGGAUCGAUUGCACGAACAUAUCGAGCUAGAAACAUAUGUGUCGCCUAAUUUUAUGGGCCUCUUCGUCAAAGACGUGAAUGCGGAGUGGUUAAAGAACAUUGCCCUUCGCUAUGUCAAUAAAAUUGCUGCUUUAGGUAUCACUGCCGAAUCACAAGUGAAGUCUCUACAUCUCACGUUGGCUUAUCAGUUUCCUGGCAACUUGUUUCCACCUUUCCGCUCGAUGGUCGAGAAAUUAGGACCAAACACUCCAGCCAAUUGGGAACUCAGAUUAUAUUCAAGAGAUUCGAGAUUGCAGAACAUGCACGUGCAUAAAGUGACGCACGCUCACGUGCCACGAGAACACGACGAAUUAGAGUUAAGAGUAGGCGAUUACAUUUACAUUCCAGAAGGAGCGUGUAACGCGUCCACAGACGGUUGGGUGGAAGGUAUCUCUUGGUUGACCGGUAUAUCGGGUCAUUUGCCAUUGAAUCAUACCAAGAGGACGGCGGAAUCGGACUCGUGGACGCUUCAUAUCACCGUGCCGAUCACUGACAAUAAAUACGAGAGCGUGGAAGAAGAGGAGGUACCAAAAGUUAGAAGACCACCGCCAGUUUUGUCUCCAAGCGAUUCCACUGAUACACUCGAUGGAAUUCCCACCACAGAGGAACCGAUGGCAGCGUCAGAGGCGCCCGAAACACCGUUUAGAGAGAUAUUUAUAUGUCGACACGGCGAGAGGGUAGACUUCACUUUCGGCACAUGGAUUCCUUAUUGCUUUGAAUCGAAUGGUUGUUACGUACGUCGUGAUUUGAACAUGCCCAAAGAAGUACCUUCCAGGAAUAUUCAGGAUUUCCAAAAUGAUAGUCCACUGACGACCGUAGGUGAAAUGCAGGCGAGUUUAGUAGGCGAAGCCAUGAAAUCAUCUAGUAUUAAGAUUGAUGUAGCCUUCACAUCACCGUCGUUACGUUGCGUUCAAACACUCGCCCAUAUUCUAAAGGGACUCAAGUCCGAUAUUUCAAUCAAAGUAGAGCCAGGCUUGAUAGAAUGGUUGGCAUGGUAUCCGAACGGCAUACCCGUUUGGAUGACUUCCGAAGAAUUAGUGAAUGCAGGUUUUAAUAUAGACAUGGAUUAUGAUCCGAUCGUGAAGAUUAAAGAGCUUCCACUAAAAGAAAACGCCGCACAGUAUUACGAACGCAGUUACAAGUUGAUCAAGAAGAUUAUAGAAAAUACAGUUGGUAAUAUUUUGAUAGUAGCGCAUGCCGCUUCCCUGGCUGCUUGCACCAGACAGUUAACUGGUGGUAGGAUACCUCCGGCGGCUGAAGUCACUAGAUUAGUUCAAAGAGUACCUUAUUUGGCAUGCUUAACAGUACGUCAAGAUAUUGACGGUUGGCAGCUCCAUCCUCCUUCCUUUCCACCGAUUACUCAUACCAGUAAUAGUAGAUUCGAUUGGAAAGUCCUAAUGUAAUAACGUUGCACGAGCUUUUGUUGAAGGCACUUUACAAAGCCUAUAUACAUAUAAAAGACUGUUAUAAUACAAUGAAUUUUUAUGCAGGGCUUUAUCUAAUAUCGAAGAUAUUAAAACAAGCAUUCAACGAAUUACGGAAAAAUUUUUUCCGAAAAGAUGUAUCAUUGACGUAUGAUAAUUUGAUAAAUACAAUAAAAACUAGUCGAACGCGCACGACAGUUGAAAUAUUUACUUCCUCAGAUUAUGAUUAAUACGGGUAUUGUGUGUGAGGUAUAUUCUUUCAUUACGGAUGUAGUAAACAAAUACUAGCCAAUAUGUUAUUAAUGAUUGUACUAUACUGAUCUGCUAAAUGUUAUAUAUACAUAUAGGCGACAUACUAGUCUUAAUUGAAUGCGUUUUCUUGCCGAGUCUUAGAUGAAGCACUGAACAAAGAAUUAAAAAGGUAGUAUUUAUAUAUAAUAUUUUAAAAUAAUAAACUAUUUUCUGAUAUUAUAUUCAUAUAUCCAUUAUAAUACACAAUAUUUUUUUCUCUUUAAAAUGUUAUAAAUUAUAUAUUAAAGUAGAAAUAUGCAAAAAAAUUGAUAAGGUGCUCUUGUACACAUUAUUCACGAUCUUUGUCGAUAGAAAAAUGUUCUACGUGAGCUUUAUUACACUGGCGCAAAAAAAAA